AUGACUCGACUGACAGAUGAAGCCUGGAGUCAAGGAAACAUGAUACAAGCUCACCCGAAAAAGAUCCAACAUCUUAAAAACAAGCUCACUUUUGUCGGCCGACUUGCCGAGGCAUACCACACAAAUCCGUUCCGUUCCAUGCAGAUGCAUCUAUUGACCAAGAUCGCGAUCAAGCCAUACUUAUACCCGGACAGGGAGCUUUAUCCUAACCAGGCACCUCAACGCCCAUUCACCACAGAUACACUAGCGCUAUUACCAACUGUGAUCAGGUGGCUAGAGGAUCACGCCCUCGAGCACGUACAGUUCUUCUUCCCGCCCUCUACAAUAUAUAGUAAACUCUUACCUAGAGACUGGCUCUGGGUUCUCCUAGUAGGAGACUAUGGCCGCUAUAGAUCCGUAUGCUACGACAAGCCGUGGUGGAAAUUCGCAAUGGUCGAGCCACCGACCGAAGAGGGUACCGAUGCGGCCGUGGUCGGCACUCGAUGGCUGAGAGACCCAUUGACAGGGGAAAGAAUAAGAGAUGCAUCGACGCCUUCGAAGAAGAAAAAGGGGAAAGCGGUGGCCUCGCCCGUGAAGGUGAUGUUGACCCCGCCGGACUCGAAGGAACCGCAUCAGCUCCUUCCAGACAGCUCGUCGAGCUCAAGUUCAGAUGAAACAAUGCUCGAUGCUCGGAAGUAUCCGCGACCAAAACGUCUGAAGCUCGGAGACAGAAGGCGCGUGAAGCGGCUGAGAUUACCUACUCUCUCCCUUCUAAACUCCAGAUUCCAACCCCCGCAGGCUAAGUAA